GCGGGGAUUGUUGUUAAACAUCCUGUUGUAGCCUCGCUGUUGUUGAUAUGCACGACUGCCGAUUUUCUGCAGGUCUUUCCGAUAACUACUUGCCAAGGGUUUUCGAGUGAAAACGGGUCCAUUUCCAUUAAACUCGUCUUGUGAAAGACAGCUAAAGAGACCCAGUCUCGGCCUCCUCUCCUUCUUCCGGCAGUGUGCAACACUUUGCCUCCUUCUCACAAGUAAAUCCUUCCAUAGCUGCUUUUUUGUAAUAAAAGAAUAUGCCAUUUCUGAGGCCUCGGAAGCCCAAAGAAAAUCGGUGGCAUGAGUGGGAUCGAAUUGCGCAGAAAAACGGUUUAAAAAGCACCGUCUACUCAUUAGGCGGGGACGAGUAUACAGGAGAGUGGCUGGACAAUAAAAAACAUGGAAAGGGAACACAGAAAUGGAAAUCUAAUGGAGCCAUAUACAAUGGUGACUGGGAAUAUGGAAAGAGAAAUGGUUUCGGGACUUACAGUGUACCAGAUCCAAUCAGUGGGGAAUAUAAAAAGGUCUAUUCGGGAGCAUGGAAAAAUGACAAAAGACACGGGUUAGGAACCAACUUUUACUCAGAUGAUGACAUUUAUGAGGGCCAUUGGUAUGCUGACAAGAGAAAUGGCUGGGGUAGAAUGUAUUAUGCAGAUUGCUCUACUUAUGAGGGUGAAUGGUUUGAUGACACUCCCAAUGGUCAGGGAAUGCUUCGUCUGGCCAAUGAAAACCGCUAUGAAGGCUUCUGGAAAAAUGGAAAGAAACAUGGAACAGGAAAGUUUUUCUUCUUUGAGAAAGGCCAAAUGUAUGAAGGUGUGUGGGUCGACAACAUUCCAAAGUGUGGAAAAAUGAUUGACUUUGGUCGAGAAGAUGCAAUUAAUCCUACUUCCUAUCCAAUACCUCAGAUUAAGCUACGCAAUCCAACUUAUGUUUUAGAGAGAGCCAGAUCAAGGUUUCUGGAUAAAAAUGAAGAAGAUACGUAAUCGUUGAUUCCUCUCUUCCACAAGUUCAAGACAGCAAAAUUCAAACUAUGUAAAUGACUGUCCUUUUCAGAAUGGCACAUAUAAUCAAUCUCACAUACACUAACUUUAAAUUUGCCUUUGGUAAAACACUCAACUACACUUACUUGUGAACAAUGCAUAUGCAAAUUUGCAAAGAUUUUCUGCAACAAUUCCAAAGAAAACCUUUUUAUAAAGCAUCCAUCUGUAGCAAAAGAAUAAUCUGCAGUGUUUAAAUUGAAUAAUCUGGUGGAUAAACACUCAUCUAUUACUAGGUAAAUAGAGAUUCUUUGAGGACUCUCCACUGCAUAAAUAUUUUGGUGCUGUUGUCUGCAUCUUCAAAUCAUAACUUGAUCCUAAUCUGCUUUUUUUUGUACUUCCAUUUCUAUUUGCCUUAAUCCCAUCCUUUAAGACUUUCAUAUUUCCACUCUUCCUUGAGCUUCCUAUUGCCUUAUGCCAAUAGCAUUGUUAUUUAAGCAUCUUACACAGUACAAUCCAGCAUAGGGACAGGCCUGUCAACCCACCAAGCCUGCACCGAUUCCUAAUCUUUAUUUAGACUGCUACUUAUUGCUCAUACGUGAUUUCUAUCCCUCUGUUCACCUCCCGUUUAUGUGUUUAUCAAGACAUGCCUUCAAUGUUGCUAAUGUGCCUGCUUCCACCAUCUGCACUGGCAUUGCGUUCUAUCUUGUGUGUGAAUAAACUUUCCCUCUCAUCUUGAACCUGUACCCUCUUACAGUUGAUCUCUUCACCUGGGAAUAAGCCUCUGACCACCCAGUCUAUUUAUACCUUUUAAUUUUGUUGACCUCUAUCAGGUUGCUCUCUUCGCCUCUUUCACUGGAAUAACAAGAGUUUAUCCAGCCUCUCUUCAUAAAUAAAACUCUCCAGAUCAGAUGUCCUGGUAAACCUUCUAUGCACCCUCUCCAAAGCAUUCACAUCCUCUGGUAGCAUGGCAACCAGAACCGCAUGCACUAUUCCAAAUAUGGCCUAACUAAAGUUUUGUACAGCUGUAACAUAACUUGCCAACUUUUAUAUUUGGUGCCCUGACUGACGAAGGCAAGUGUGCUGUAUGCUUUCUUGACCAUCUUGUCCACCAUUGCCAUUUUCAGAGAUCUGUGGACCUCUUAUGCACAGAUCCCUCCAUAUGUCAAUGCUCCUAAGGAUUCCGCCAUUUGUUUUAUAAUUCGCAGCUGAAUUUAAUCUUCCAAAAUGCAUCACUUCACAUUUGUCCAGAUUAAACUCCAUCUGCCAUUUCUCUGCCCAACUCUGUAAUCUACCUGUAUCCUGGUGUAUUCUUUGACAGUCCUACUCACUAUCUGCAACUCCACCAAUUUUGGUGUCAUCCACAAACUCACUCGUCAGACCACCUACAUCUUCCUCCAGAUCACUUCUAUAUAUUACAAACACAAGGUCUCGUAAGUGAUCUUUUCUUUUUUCCCCCCAGCUUUUUGUUGAGUUCCUUAAAAUUUUGUUCCUCUAUAAUAAUAUGCUUCGGUUUGGAUAAAGGUCAUACCCAAAAUAUUGACUCAGCUAAAGAUUUGGUGGCUCUCGUCCUUUCAAUUUAAGGUUUCCAGCUGAUGCAGUUUUUGUUCAAGCCAGUGUAUUGUUUCCAUUUUUUUUCAGCGUUGUAGUUGAUCAAAAACUAAAACUCACAACAGUAGAUGCCAUGAUUUGUUUUAAUUGCUAAAUUUUAUAAAAAUGAAACACGGGGGAAGUAACCUCCUGCUUUGCUCACUCUCUAGAAAUUCUGUUUGAAAGUGAAUCAACAGAAAAUAGAAAUGUUCUUAUCCAAGUCACCACAGUUAAGUAGCACAUAAUGAUGCUGAUGUAUCUAAACUCAUUUGUUAACAAUGGACACUUAGGAGAGUAAACCUUUCUCCAAAAUGGGUUACUACUUUGUGGGAUGAACAUUUUAAAUUAAAAAAAAAAGAUUAUUGAAUAAUUUACCACAUUAUAACAUAUCUAACAAACUGCUGGAAAUUCAGAAUGACUAUUAACUUAGAUACACUGCUGACAGGGAAAUGGAAGCUGGAAGAUCGGAGAUUGUCUGAUCCUCACUGGCAAGUUUCACUUUCUGUGGUUUCAAAACUCCCGGGUUCUUAAAAUCUCAAUGGUGGAAAAUUUGAAACAGGCAAUGUAGUGACUACAGCUGCAAAAAUUCUACAUUAAUUGGUUCAUACUGUAAGGUUUUGCUGAAAGCUCAGUGUUGCUGAAGUUUAGCUUCCCGUUCAUUGUGGAAAGGCAAAUCAGGGCAGGGCUUAUCAGUUUUGCUUUUCAUUUGUCAGAAACCUUUAUUCCUUUUUAUGUCGAAGGAUUUGCUGAAUAAUUGUCUAAAUGACAGGAAGGCUUUUUAGG